AUGUCCGCUCUCGCUGUCGGUCUCGGCAUCCUCGGCGCCGGCUUCGGUGGCCGUGUCCUCUACCAGAUGUACCGCGGCGGCGCACGCGGCGCUGACAAGUGGAUCAAGGGCGGCUUCAAGGGCAAGAUGGACAAGCCAGAGGCUAUCCAGAUCCUGGGUCUCCGCGAGCCUCUCACCUCCAACAAGCUCAAGGACGCGCACCGUCGUCUCAUGCUCGCCAACCACCCCGACAGGGGAGGAUCCCCUUACCUUGCGGGCAAGGUCAACGAGGCCAAGGCGCUUCUUGACAAGACCGUGAAGAAGUAG